UGUUGUAACUAUGCAACUGUUGGAAAAAUUGAAAGUAAAACCUGAAAGGUCUUCAAUAAUUAAAAUGAUCAGUGUUCAUGGUGAAAGCAAAAGGGCACUAGGUGAAAUUUCAAACUUCCCUUUCAAUGUAGAAGGUAGUGAAAUUCCUAUGAAUGUAGUUGUAACUGAUGCAAACUCUUACCAGGUCUUGGAUCAAUUAUAUGACUUUGAGGAAAACCAAUUAACAUCUUCUUUGAAUGAGGAGCUACUAUCUGAUUCUAUGGAAAAUAAUUCAACAUUUUCUUUGAAUGAAACAAUAAUUCAUAUUGAGGAUCAAUCAUCAAGCUCUUUGGAAAAUCAAAUAACUUCUUUGAAUAAAUUAAUAGUUAAUGAGGAUCAAAUUGAAUAUACUUUUAAUUCUUUGGAAAAUCAAUUGGAUCAAACAUCUAAUGAGGACAAGGAACCACCUGAAUGUCAUUAUAAUUCAGUGGAAAAUUAUUUAACAAUCUAUUUUGAUGAAAUGGAAAAUAAUGAGGCUGAUAAAACUCAAAUUGAAAACUUGGACAAGGAAAACUUGAAGGAUUCAAUUCAAAUCAUCAAAUUUGAUAGGAAAACAUCUAUUUGGAACUCUGAUGAAUUCAAAGGAACAUAUUUGAUGAAUUUCAAUAUUGAAAAUAUUUUAACAAUGGGACAAAAAUAUUAUAAUUCUUUAUUUAAAGGAAAGGAAUCUUUAUGGACUAAUCAUGAAAGGAUAACAAGUGAAGGCACUGUUGUCUUGUCAACAAAUCCAAGGACUUUUCCUUCAAGGUUGGAAAAACAAAAGGAAAUUAUGAUGAUUUCUAUCAGGAAGGCUAUAUUAUGGGAGAUCAAAUUCCUAUAUAUCAAUGUUAUAUAG